CAGUUUUGCGCCUCCUCUUUCACUCCCAUCAGCGCAAGCAGAGGGAGAAAAAACAAAAACCCGUUCUUGAAUCGGGUGAACUCAUUCGGAUCCCAAUUGACCCGAUUUCAGAAUCCACCGCUUAUCGCCACCGUGUCGUUCCAUUUUGCGGCGUUGGAAGGAAACAUGACGCGACGGUGCUCGCAUUGCAGCAACAACGGCCACAAUUCGAGGACGUGCCCCAACAGAGGGGUUAAGCUCUUCGGGGUCCGAUUGACGGACGGGUCGAUCCGAAAGAGCGCUAGCAUGGGAAAUCUCACCCACUAUGCUGCGUCGGGUUCUAGUUCCGGGUCCCACCACCAUGCAUCCAACAAUCCGGGUUCUCCCGGCGGUGGUGACACCCCCGAUCACGCCGCCGCCGAGGGUUAUGCCUCCGAAGACUUUGUUCCUGGGUCGUCUUCUACCUCGCGUGAACGAAAAAGGGGUGUCCCGUGGACUGAGGAGGAACACAGAAUGUUUUUACUUGGAUUACAGAAGCUUGGAAAAGGUGAUUGGCGUGGAAUUGCACGAAAUUAUGUCACAUCAAGGACACCUACUCAAGUGGCCAGUCAUGCUCAAAAAUAUUUCAUCAGGCAAAGCAAUGUGUCUAGGCGCAAAAGACGUUCCAGUCUAUUUGAUAUUGUCGCAGAUGAAUCAGCGGACACACCAAUGGUGCAGCAAGAUCAGCUACAGAUCGAAACAGAAGGCAAUAACCCCUUGCCUCCUGUGCCUCCAGCCCUCGAUGAAGAGUGUGAAUCCAUGGAUUCUGCUAACUCAAAUGACAGGGAAUUGGCCUUGUUGAAGUCAGAUAACUCGCGAUCACCAUUCCCAGUGCUGUAUCCUACCUUUUAUCCUCCUGUCUUCCAAUUACCUAUUCCCUGUUGGUCAGGAUAUGAUCCAGAGCCUACUAAGAAGAAGGAAGCUCAUGAAGUGUUGAAGCCAACUGCAGUGCAUUCUAAAAGCCCAAUUAAUGUUGAUGAACUGGUUGGCAUGUCAAAACUGAGUUUAGGAGACUCCAUUGGGGACUCUGCCCCAUCCUCCCUGUCCCUAAAACUCCUCGAAGGACCUUCUAGACAAUCAGCUUUUCAUGCAACUCCAGCGUGCGAUAGUUCGAACAUGAACGGCAGCGCAAUCCACGCAUUAUAAGGGCCCCUUCUGGCAAGUAGGGGUGUGUCCUGUAGCCAUAUCUAUGAAUGUAGGGAUCAUAAAUCUGGCCAUGUGGUCAUCACAUAUCUUGUGGUUGUGGGAAUAUCCUUAAUAAAUUUUCUACCUUUUUCUUUUGCCCUAUUUACAGUGGUUAAUUUAGUUUGUUUCAAUGUUGGUAGGCAGCACAGCAGUAGCAUUUAGGAAUUAUUACUUGGGUCUAGACUUUGUUUGUUCAAUCAUUUCAUUUACCAGGGUCAUUUCAUGUAUUGUAAAGUUGAUUGUGCAGAAUAACAAUCUAUUAGGUUGUGCUUCCCCUUUUA